UCGUGCCUGCCCGUGGAGUUAAACGAAGAGCCUCUCCUGGAGGCACAAACGGAUUUAUCGAACGUUAGCUAGGCUUUUUUUUUUUGCACCAUUGUCAAUAGUCGUACCGCAUAGGUAGAUAUUUAGACUAACUAGGUAUUUUAGAGGGAUUAAGAUAGAUAACAUUGCGGUUUCGACUCUCCGUUUUUUUCCGUUAAAGCUUGGGGAUAACGAUUCACCGGCUGGCUCGAGGUGCCACCACCUGCAACAAUUUUUGAAAGACAUUCGCUUUGAGUCAGCUACUACUAGCUAGCUAGCAAGUCGACUAGCUGUCAGUUAAAAAGUGAUUAGCAAGUGGAAGCUAUCUAACUAGUAGUCGGUCCACUAGAACCGGUUAGUAAACCAACAUCCCCAAGUCCCACCCUCCCUUUCUAAUUAGUGGCUUGUUGGCUCUCAGAGUCCUUUGCGUAAACCAGGACGUUGCUAGCUAAAUUACUAGUGGGGAGAGGCUCGCUACUGACAGCUCAGGGGUUGGCUAGCAUUGCUAGGAGGCUAGCUAGCGAGGUUGCCCACUCACACCGGUGAUAGUGAACGUAUAGUUUUCUAGCUGGCGGGGUCUUGUCGCUACACUGGCAAAGAGACGGGCCAGAAAGAGGAGGCGAAAUAAAGAGAGUUGGGAAGACGGCAAGAGAAGGACUGGCUAACCAUAAUAAGCCGGCGACAGAUUUAUAGACAAAGAACGUACCACAUAAACAGCCAUGAGUAUCGAGAUACCGGUGGGUUUGACGGAAUUGCUGCAAGGCUACACCGUGGAGGUGCUCAGACAAAGACCAACCGACCUGGUGGAAUUCGCCAUACAAUAUUUUACUCGCUUGCGGGAUACCAGAAACCAGGAUGGGGCAGGAGCGGCUAUUAAACUGGGCAAAGGAGUGAUGUUUGAUGGCGAGCCGAUGCAGACAGAGUCCAACGGAGACGAGGAUGAUGACGAUGAGGAUUCAGACUUUGAGCCUCCUCCCCCCAGCAGAUUCAACCGGAGAGUGUCAGUGUGUGCGGAGGCCUUCAACCCAGAUGACGAGGAGGAGGACACCGAGCCCAGAGUGGUGCACCCCAAAACAGACGAGCAGCGCUGUCGACUGCAAGAGGCCUGUCGAGACAUCCUGCUGUUCAAGACCCUCGACCAGGAGCAGUUCUCAGAAGUCCUGGACGCCAUGUUUGAGCUGCGGGUCCAGCCUCAGGAUCACGUCAUCGACCAGGGGGACGACGGAGACAACUUCUACGUUAUUGAGAGGGGCGUGUAUGACAUUGUGGUACAGAAGGACGGCGCGGGCCUGUGCGUGGGUCACUACGACAACAAGGGCAGCUUUGGGGAGCUGGCGCUCAUGUACAACACGCCCCGCGCUGCCACCAUCAUCGCCACCCAGGAGGGGGCGCUCUGGGGCCUGGACCGGGCCACGUUCCGCAGGCUCAUCUUGAAGAACAACGCGAAGAAGAGGAGGAUGUACGAGGCCUUCAUCGAGUCUGUGCCCCUGCUCAAGUCACUGGAGCUGUCGGAGAGGAUGAAGAUUGUGGACGUAUUAGGAAUGAAGCAGUUCUCUGACGGGGAGCGCAUCAUCAUGCAGGGAGACAGGGCUGAGUGUUUCUACAUUGUGGAGUCUGGAGAAGUCAAGAUCAUGAUGAAGAGCAAAACGAAGGCGUCCCAGCAGGACAACACGGAGGUAGAGAUCACCCGCUGUAGCAGGGGGCACUACUUUGGAGAGCUGGCCCUGGUCACCAACAAGCCCCGCGCCGCCUCAGCGUACGCCGUGGGGGACGUCAAGUGCUUGGUAAUAGACAUCCAGGCGUUUGAGCGUCUGCUGGGCUCCUGUAAAGAGAUCAUGAAGAGGAACAUCGCUCACUAUGAGGAGCAGCUGGUGGCUCUGUUUGGCUCCAGCAUGGAUCUGAGAGACUGAGGACUUUCUCUGUGCCUUUAAACACACACACACGCACACACACGCACACAUUGACAAGCACCAACAUAGGCAUCGAGAGACACCCACUUAGCCUAUAUAGUCUAUCACUCUAGCACAUCCUCUUAACCCAAUACACUCCUUUAUAAGCUCACUCAUAGGUACAUGCCUACACACACACUUGUUCUCUCUCUAUCUCUGGAUGAAUGACAUGCCCUGCUGCGCACACACACUCUCAUUGGAGCAAGGACAAAACACACACACACACAGACACAAACAGGUUUCCCCUUCUGUCCCUCACGUGCACACAGACAUUUACACUUCUAUUCAAACUCAUUCAACCUCAGCCAAGGACACAUUCUCACACACGCACACACGCACACACCCCCACACACACACAAACAGAGGCACCUACAUUUGCAAAAACAGACACCUGAAAGAAAAACUAAUAAAAUCAACAAAAAAAAAUCAAGAGUAAAAUAGAAACCUCAAAAAUGCAACAACAAAAAAAGAAAAAAGAUCAACAGAAGGUUUAAAAAGAGUUUUAGAAACAUUUUAUGAAAAAAAAGAAGCUUUGAUAAAAUAUUAUUUAAAUAAAAAAGUGUUUCCUCUUUGAGGGUGAGUCAUUUCAGACGCCCCUACUGUUGUUGGUUCAGUUAGUGCAUAUGAUCUAUCACAGACACGUUCCUCUCCCAAUCUCCACACGUUGUAUUUGAUUCAUGUAUUAUUAUUAUUAUUCUAUGAUGAUUAUGAUUAUAUAUAUUUGUUAUUUUGUUUUACUUUGACCAAUAAAGAACCAUCUCAGACAAAUGUAAAACAAAACAACCUAAAAAACAAACAAAAAAACAUUAGUGCUUAUUUGUCCUUGAUUAUUCUGAAUGAGUUGUCCUGGAUAUAAAUAAAGCUAACAUUUUGUUAA